GCCGGUUGGUGGUUGACUUGAGCGCGCGCGGACCUCUGGCCCAGAGGCCGGAGAGCCACCGUCACGUCGUCGUCGCCGCCGCCGUCGCCGCCGCCGCCGCCGCCGCGUUGCGUCGCGUGGCGCCAAAAAUAUUAAUCAAAAUUUAUGUAGAAACUCUCUCUCGCGCAAUAGUCUCCCAAUAUUUUCCAUUCGAGCAAUCUCGAUAAAUUUUAAUGAAAGAAUUGCGUCGACAACUUUUACAAUUAGUGACGCUUCAACGUCAACUGGAGAUAAUCAUGUGACCGUUUAUCGUUAAAUUUUAUUUUGUCAAUUUAUCUUUCGAAUUAUCGUGAUAUCAUUCGAUAUAUAUUAUCAACGCUAAUAAAAACGAUAGUUAAAUAUAUAAGUGCAAAGUUAAGUGAAUACAGGAGAAACUCUCUCUACGAGGUUUCUCUUCAAACCGGCAACGGCGUUAUGUGAAGAUACACAUAUGGCAUUAUUUCAACUCUUUAUACUUGAAGAUAGAAAGAAAUUUACAUUUUUCAAACUUGGAUGGUACAGAUGAGUGUAUCAAAGAGGUACCCGAUGCUGCUGCUGCUGCUGCUGCUGCUGGCAUUGGGGUUGAUUUGCAUGCAAUCGUCUGUCGGAGCUUUACCACGAGAAGGUACAUAUUUUGUGCAAUCGAAUGUUUCGUCCCAAUUCACCGGGACGUCUUCCAGUCACAGUAUUUCGAUCAUCAGAAUCUUAUCCGAUGGACGAUUCGAACGGUUCAUCCGGUGGCCCGGAGCUUGCGCCAAGGAGAUUACUAUCAAUUGGGGAAACACAGACGUGACAUUGCGACAAGUUUGGCUUCGUAAGUCCAACAGAAAGCUGCAAUUGAUAUACGCCGGUGAAACAUUGACCGACUGCAUUGACGAGAAGCUCGCGUGGUGGGACGACAGCGAGUGUUUGUCCAGCUCUCGCGGUGUCUAUCGCUAUCAUGAUGACGGUGACGAGGUGUCGAUCGAGGUGAUCCAACUGGACGGUAAGGACAUUUCGAGGAUACCCCGUGAUCUCUCUUGGCUGUUGUCGACAUCGGAGCUUCGUCACCGGUGCGAUCGCAUGAGAAUGCGAAUACGAAGCCAGGCUAUGGUUCAACGUCGACAUAGGAAAUACGCAAAAUCAGCAAACGCGACAGCAAGCAAUGGAAAGCAAAGUCGGAAUCGCAAUCGAAGGGACUUGUUCAUAAUACCAGGGACACAAUGGUGCGGUCGCGGUAACCGUGCUACCAAGUAUACCAAUUUGGGCGGCUUCGGCAUGGCUGAUGCCUGUUGCCGAAAACACGAUACAGCUUGUCCUCUUUACAUACCGGCUUUCGAGUCGCGUUACGGCGUUUUUAACUGGAGAAUUUCAAGCAUGAUGCAUUGCGCUUGCGACGAACGAUUUCGCACAUGUUUGAAAAUGGCCGGGACUGCGUCGGCGGAUUUUAUAGGUAAAAUCUUCUUCGACGUACUUCAAUCAAAGUGCUUUAUUCUGAAAGCCCAGAAGGUAUGCGUGAAACGGUCUUCUUGGUGGGGUAAAUGUCAACGUUACGAAUACCGAAAACAGGCCUAUGUACGAGAUAAUGUUCCUUAUUAAGGAUAUACAACGUAAGAAAUCUUCAUAAAAAAAUAAUGAAGUAUUCUUCUUCCGGGGAUGUCAAUAGCAAUUCUCAGGGAUGUAAUAUUUUGUCGAAUACCUAUAAUAUGUCAAAAAAAGUCAGAAACAAAGAAAUCGAGUCGAUUAUUAAAUCGAGAAAUUAUAUCACCAAGAUACGAUUGACAAUACAUCGUAAUAUCUUCGAUACGAAGAAUCGUUAUAUCAAGUCUGCCGAUAGCUAUGUCAGAUACAUCUUAAAUUAUGAGAAAAGUAGGAUAAAAAAAAAUAAUUUUAAAAAGGUCACAUACACCCAUACAUGUAUAUGUAGAUUCGAUGAUGUUAAAGUCGUCCUUUUUUUUACUGACUAAACGAUCAUUUUUGCACACGCCGUUUCUUCUAAUUGCAUUUACAGAUGUAAAAAUCCUUUUCCACAAUUGAAGUAUAGGCAGUAAUGUGUAACGGACGCAAUAAUUUUAUAAGGAAAACAAAAAAAAAUGAAAAGAAUUAUUUCCAAGUUUUUUCGUUUUCUUUGUCCUUAUAUAGCGUUCGUUAUACAUUACUGCCUAUACACUAAUUGUGGAAAAGGAUUUUUACAUCUGUAAAAAUGCAAUUAAGAGAAACUGCAUGCGCGAAAAUUAACGUUCAGUCGGUAAAAAGGACGACUUCAGCAUCCCCUAUUUCUAUGUUUAAAAGUUUAAUUGUAGAAAGUCGACAUAGAUAUCGGCAGCUUUAUAUAGACUUAUAUUAAAUAACUUAUAGAUAGAACUCGUUAACUUUUAAAUAUUAUUAGCGAACUAUUAACAAAUUAAUAGAAUUGUGGAGAGCUUAUGUUCAUUAAUUGUGAAACUUUUACAUAACAUUCCAAAGAUGUAAAAAUACACAAAUAAGAAAAAAUAAUAAAAUGCAUAUAAAAUAUAAUCAAUAUUUAGGAUAGUUUAGAAUUUUUGAUGAAAAAUUAUUACAAACAUACUAUACAUAUACAAGUAUUUAUAUUAAUUUAAACUGUACAAGACAAAUUUAGAUGUGAUUAAGAUUAAUAUAAUUUUAUUUCUAU